UAAAAAAGUUGCAGAAACGGAAACCAGAAGCCUAUUUAAACCCCUGUCCAUUACCUCUUUCUUCCUACGCCCCUUCCUCUUCGCCUCUUCGUGUUCCGAUCGUACGACUGAGAUGAGACUACCGUUACAGGCUUCCAAAGCAUUCUAAUCAAGCAUUGUAUCCUGAUCAAAGGAAAAAAAGCAGAACGAUCAAUUCGAAAGCAUCGAUGAUGCAUCGGAAAGAACAGGACGGAGAAGAAGAAAUUCAGACACUCAUCGGCCAAUCAAGCGCCGAAACCGUCGAGUCGAAAGAGCUUCUCUGCAAAUCUCCAGAUAACUCCGGUUUUCUUUUCCGUUUUCCGCAGAGUUCAAUAUGGUCCCCGCUGGUCCCUAUUCCUUACGCCGCGUACGCCUUGGACUCUGACUGUCAUACUGCCAGAAAGUUUUCUUGCGAAGGCCUCUGUAAGAAGGGUAUUUUUAGUUUGAAGAACAAGAUCGGUGAUCUUGGGGUGAAUCUGAAAGGUCUUAAGUUGAUGAAGAAGAAAAAGAAGAUGACGCCGAUGAAGACGAGGAAAGGUUCCGGAUUGUCUCCGGCUCCGUCGAAGGCUGCAUCGUGUGCGCCUGUUGAAUGGAAGAAAAUGUUGAAAGUUGUUUCUAAAGGGUUCAAGAAGACGAAGAAAGACCGCACGGCUCAUGUGAAGCUUUCGGUUUAUUUGAAUGGCCUUUGAGGAAGUUUCAUAUAUUUCUUUAGGAAUUUCAGCCAGUGAAGAAGAAUUCACUGUGAUUUUUUCUAGGGUGUAUUUUUGAAUUUUGGAAAUAAAAGU